AUGUCAUCGUACGAACCCUACCUGCACCACUACGCCCCGGGCUCCCACAGUACACACCACCUCUACUACGGCGACUGCUACUACUCCGAUCACUCGCGCACUUCAUCUCCACAUACAUUACCGCCCGGCGGUCUUCCAUCAUACGCAGGCCCUCCACGCGGUUCACGCAGCAGACGACCGGCCUCCCCUCAACGUGACCCUGGUCCCAGACUAGACGACAGCAGAGAGUACCAGUUUAGACAGCGUAGGCGUAUUGUCGAGUACCGUACGCCCAGCCGCUACCCUGUCUUUGGUGAUCAUCUCGCACAGCCUGGCGAGCGUCGCGAUGGGCGGGGAGUUGCGUUGCCACAAUGGUUUUGGGAUGCUGGGCUAGGUGAAGGCAGGAGGAGAGCGGGUUCAACAGCGAACAGGGUGCAUGAAGAUAUGGCAAGGGAGACUGAAGAGAGCAGACGCCGUGGUGGUGAGCGGUUUGAUCAAGCGAGGUGUAGAAGCACGAGCAGCAGAGCUCAUGAGAGCUAUGGGCGCUACACUAAGGGCUACAGCGAGGGUGUUGAUCACGGGUACGGACUUCAGUAUCAGCACUAUGGUGAGGAUGAAGAGAGUCAUCCGUGGUAUGUCAGCGAGACGGAUACUGAGACCGACACGUGUGUAGGGCCUAUGAGUUGCUUGAGGCUUGGCGAGAUGAUUAGAGGGGACAGAGGCCGAUGUCAGAACGUCAGGUUUCAGAUGGAAGACGACACGAGAAGUGAGUCUUCCAGCGAGAGGACUAGCAAUGGUGAAGAGUGGCAGACGACCGCCUCAAGGAAGUAUACCAAAGUUGGCGCGCUGCGGAGAUUCGUGGAGAGGAAUGUGCGGUCCAGGGACAAAAAAGGCGAAUACUUCCGUCUGAAGAAUGGACAGAAAGCCUGGGUCCAGCCAAAGAAGAGCAAGGGCAAAAAGGUGCGGAGGUACAAAGGUCUUGGGGCUUGA